UUGCGAACAAAUAAAUAUCUAAAUAACUUAAUUUUGUGUUAAUUUUAAAAUAGUAAGCAAUUUUUAGACUAAACUAUGAACUAAUAGUAGGAUUAAUAUUAGUAAUAAAUUUAAUAGUAGCAAGAGAAUGGAAUAAUAACAAAACAAAGAUAUCUGGAUUUAUUUGCAAUGAUUUUUAUAGUUGUAAUUCUGAUUGUUUCAGGAAUUCUCAUCUUCAUCUCAACUGAAAAAACCUACAUAGUUGCUGAAGAAGUUAAAAGUAUUAGUAUUGAAAACCAAGCUGAAGACUUAAAAUAUGCUUAGGAUUUCUAUAAUAGGGUAUAAAUCUUACUUAAAUAAAAACAUGUUUAAGAAAAAAUAAAUAAGGAUUUAAAAUCCUAUUCCUAACUAUUUUUUGAAAUCUAUGAUCUAAAUGGAGAUGGUUUAGUAGAAUAAGAUGAAUUUAAUUAGUUUGAAUAGUAACAAUUGUAAAUGAAUAAAUAAGAUUUUAUUAAAUUUAUAAAGAAAAACCCUAAAAAACUACUUUUUCAAUUCCUUGAAGCUACAAAAAAAGAAAAGUCAUUAGAUCUAAAAAAAGUUUUGACAUUUGCAAAUCCUAAAGAAUUAAUUAAUAAAGAUGAAGAAAAUUAACUUAAUAAACAAACCAACUAUCAAUUUUUCAGCAAAUUAACAAAAAAAUAAGAAAAAUAUGAAUUAUUUACAGAUUGGUUAUUUAAUAUUUUAGAUGAAGAUUAAAACAACAAAUUAGACUUAAAAGAAUUAGGAUCUGAUUUGUAACUUAACUACAAAAAAUACACAUCAAUCACUAGGGAGCAAUGGAAAUAAAUAACUAAAAAAGUAUAGUAAAUUUUAGUAUCAUAAUAAGACAAUAAUUAAAAGGCAUUAAGGAAUGUAAACAAAAAAAACUAAGAAUUUUAAAAUGAUUAUUAUAAUAUUAUAUAAAAUAAAAACAUUUAUAAUUAAAAUUUCAAUAUAUUUUUUGAAGUAUUGAAUAAAAUUAAUCUACUAUGA